AUGAUAAAUAAUAUAGCAAGAAAGCAAACCCAUAUCGGUAAAUUGCUAGGAGAAAAGCUAGCCCUUCAGCUAAUAUAUCGAAGGUGCAAAGCUAAGGUUGACUUGGCAGAAUUCAAUCGUGCCUGGGUAUUUAAUCGGUAUCAAAAAUGGAAGACUCGUGAAAUUAAUUCUCACCAGAAUAUUUUAAUUUUAAAUCAACAAAUUUUGGCGCUAUAUAAUAAUCAACAAAAUCGAAGAAAUAUGGCAGGAAUACCACAACCAUUUUUUGACUGGAGUGACGAUAUCCCAGAUUUUCUUGUGAAGCUAAGAUUAUACUUGCAAAACCAAGGUGUAAAUCUAGCAGAUAAUGCAGGAGAUCCACCAACAGGAAGAGAAGUAGCUAUAGGAUAUUUAAGAGGCUCAAACUUACUUGAUAAUACGGGGCAAGCUAACAUAGUAGCUGUAAAUGGAUAUACAGCUAUUCAGAUAGAAGCUAAUAGAAUAAACGAGGCCCUUAAUCAGCCAGGAAAUGCAAUAGUUAAGUUAAGAGCCAUAGAAGCGGGAGGCCGACCUACUAAUAAUGCUCCAAAUGCUCCCAAUGCUAAUGUUGGUAAUACCGUAGUUGUACCUGGAAUUCGUUUUGAUCAAGCCAUAUGGUGGUUAAAAACUCAUUUUCCUACAGUAGAAGAGAAGCUUCAGAAUAUGAUAUCUGAAGAAUUACGUAGAAAGUUCUUAGAUGCUCUUUCACUUCCAUGGCUUAAAAAAGCUGAAGAUAUCAAUGAACAUUUGCUAUUGGAUGAAUUAGCUAAAAAACUUUAUGAGAUAGAAUUACGCCAAAUAGCUAGACAUAAAAAAGAUAAAAUACCCAAUCUAUUACAAGGAAUUUCUUUAGAAGAUAUGCAAAAAGCAAUCCAAAAUGCACUAGCACAGCAAAAAACUGAAUACCAGUCUUUAUUAGAAAAGCAAAAAGCUGAUUACCAAUCACAAAUGUCACAAGCACCUGCUCCACAAAUAGUAGAACCAGUUAGACAACCGAGAGGUCCCUCAUCAUCUUUGCAAUCAGAAGAAGGUUUCAAAAAUUAUUAUGUAGCCGAAUACUUAAAAGAAUUAAAAAAAGCAAUCAAUGAAGAUAGAGAUGCGGUAAAUCAAUUAACUAAUCAAUUUCAAAAAGUAUACAUAUGUAAAUGUGUUAUUUGUGGAGAGACAGGCUAUAGUAAAGAUAGUUGCCCUAAUAGACAGAUAGCACGAUCUAAUUUCAAUCGGUCUGCUUAUUUUAAGCCUCUUACACCUAUAAAUUUCCAAAACACACCCCCAGAUUCAGAUAAUGAGGAAGAAGGUUAUGAUGAAGAAAAUAAUAGGUGGACCAGCUUUCACCAUCGAUACAAAAAAUGUGCUUGUCCUGAAAGGCUCUGGAGAAGGAGUCAAAAAAAUCAGAUGAGUGGUUUUCAUCUUUACAGUACUUCCAUUAUUGAUGAGCCAUCCGAUUUUGCUAUAAAGGGCAAUUCCAAACAUAUUACCGAUUCGUUAGAAUGGUACACAGAUGUGCCAGUUACUAUGAAGGACAAAGAGGGAAAGACAGUUACGGUCAUUAGAAAUUUUGUACAUAUAGAUAAUGGCAAACCUAAACCAAUGCUAAUUUUAGGUAUGUCUAAUAUUCAAAAGCUCCAAGGUGUUUUCGAGCCAAAUAAAAACCAGUUCUGCAUAAAGUUAUAUAGGAAGACUUAUAUUAUUCCAACAUAUAGCAAGGCCCUAGUAGCUAAAGAACCAUCAAAAGAGGAGCAGAACUAA